AUGUUGGCCAUUCUGAUCGGAGUGGUGGCCAUUGUAGUGCUCACCCUCGGCGUGCAGGAACGGAAACGGUACCGUGUCCUCCAGGACUUCGCAAAGCAACACGGAUGCAAGCCCGCACCCAGUGAAAAUCCUUAUGACCUUUUCGGAAUCAAUAAAAUUAUUUCAUCUACAUGGCACCUAUUAAAUAAGUCAACUCUCCAAAAUACCAUUGACGCUUUCGAGAAAUAUGGGGAAACAUACGCAUCGAGGAUUGCCGCCCAACGAGUCUUCUUCACUUGCAGCCCUCGAAACAUCAAGCACAUCCUUGUACAACGGUUCGUUGAUUAUGACAGCUCGGAAGUUCGCGCCCACCUCUUCCGGCCGAUUACCGAGCGUGGUAUUUUUGCAGUUGAUGGACAGCAAUGGAGAAUUGCGAGAAAUUUAUAUCGGGGCCAAUUCUCAAAUACACGUUCUAUCGUCGAUCUCAAAAUGGAAGAGAAGCAUGUCAAAUUGAUCCUUAGUUGUAUUCCCGUUGGUCAAUCAUUUGAUUUGCAAACAUUAUUUCUCAAUCUCAUUCUGGAUAUCACGACUGAGUUUGCUAUUUGGGACUCUGUUGAUUCACAGAGCCCUACGCAGACUGAGGAGAAGAACCAUUUUGUCAGUUCUUUAUUGACAGUGAAGAGGGUCAUGGCACGCGACGGAUUCUUGGGCCCCGCUGCGGCUUGUCAUCGAUUUGCCGAGAAGCGCAUAGCGACCGCAAUAGAACUACGCAAAUUGCAACAACCGCCCGAGAAGGAUGGCGAAGAACGAAAGCCCCAAGGAUAUAGUCUUUUGGAAGGCCUUACAGAAAACUCAACAAAUGUGAUAGACUUGAGAGACGGGGCCACAACCAUUUUGGUUGCGGGAAUAGACUCAGUGGCCAGUUUGCUUUCGACUGCCUUCUUCCUCCUAGGCCGAAAUGACAAAGUUUUCCAAAAACUUCGCCAAAGUGUCCUCGAUGCCGUUGGUACCGAACCACCUGCUUUUGAACAACUCAAAACUUUGCGAGUAUACCCCCCUGUCCCAUUCAAUGCACGAACCGCAAACAAGGACACCUGGCUGCCCACAGGCGGUGGGCCUGAUGGGAACUCAGCCGUUCUAGUAAAGAAGGGUCAAAGAGUUAUCUUCUCAUCAUGGGCCAUUCACCGCAGCUUCCAGACUUUUGGUGAUGAUGCGCACGACUUUCGACCAGACAGAUGGGAGCAUCUGACCGCGGAAUCUCUCUUGGGGUACCUCCCAUUUAACAUUGGUCCACGAGCAUGCCCCGGUCAACAAUACGCGUUAAUGGAGGCUUCAUACGUGGCAGUACGUAUUCUUCAAACUUUCUCCGCAAUCAAGAAUUGUGAUCCUCGCCCGUGGACGGAACAUUUUGGCUUGAAUCUUAGUAAUGAGAAUGGUGUUCAACUGGAGCUCGUGAGGGAUGAAAAGACAUGA